UCACCUGAGCAGAUUUGAUCAACAUACAGAAAAUAUCAUUUUCAUACAAAAACGGACUGGAGUCAGUUCUGCAGAUGCUCAGCUGAUGUGUUAACUCUACACAGACAGCUGGAAACACUACAGCAGGGGCAACAAAGUAGACCCAGACAGCGUCAAGCCAGAGUCUCAGCAAGAUCCACUCAAAUCUGAGUUAACAGCUGUCCCAGAAGCACCCAGUGUCGAGAUGACACGUACAACCGAUCCAGCUGAUCCUGAGCCUUCCUCUGUCUCGGGUCCAUCCAGUCUCCAGCUGACACCUGACAGCGAUCCAACCAGUCCUGAUCCUGACCCUGAGCCAAUGGAUCCCCAGCCAGGUGCAUCCAAUCAUGAGCUGCCACCUCACACCGAUCUGGUUGAUUCUCAGCCAAUGAAUGUCUCUCGUCAGUCCAGUCUUAAAAUGACACCUGAUCUCAAGCAAGAACCUGUCCCAGGUCCGUCUGGCCUUCAUUCAGAGUUAACAUCCCUUCCGGGUCCAGCUGUCGGAUCAUUUUUCUCCCUUUAUGAUGUGGGAGUGUCACUGGGAUCAGGAAAUUUUGGCACUGUUUAUGAGGGGACUCGUCGAUCUGAUGGUCAGAAGGUUGCCAUCAAAUUUUUAACCAAGUCGGUGCAGGACUGCUUUAUUUAUGUUCCUGGGAGUAUCAGACCUCUGCUGGGGGAAGUGGCUCUAAAUCUGGUGGUGCGAGAGCCUCCUCAAAGCCCCAACAUUGUCCAAAUGUAUGAAUGGUUUGAGCAGCAUCAUCGGUACAUCUUGAUUUUGGAAUAUCCACAUCCAUGUGAGACCUUGCUCAGCUUCACCUUGAGCAACGGAGGUUAUCUUGAAGAAACUGUGGCACGUGGCUUAAUGCACCAAGCGGUGCUCGCAGCCAAACACUGUCUGGACCGGCGUGUCUUUCACCGUGACAUCAAGUCGGACAACAUCCUGGUCAACACAGAGACACUGCAGCUCAAAUUAAUAGACUUUGGCUGUGGCAAACUUUUUGAAACUUCUGACUAUGAUGAGUACACAGGGUGUCCAGCGGUCAAAGCUACGGUCAAGUCUUUGGGUGUUCUGCUGUUCAGAAUGGUGAAUGGAAUCAGCUUUGUAGAAAUCCAGAUGAUUCCCUCCUCCACUUUAUCCAGUGAAUGCUGUGAUCUGCUAAAUCAGUGCAAGAGCAGCAGCCUGACUUUAGACAAGCUGUUAGAACAUGAAUGGUUUAGGAAGAGCUGAAGGAGCGAAGAGAAUAUCACUCAUGAGGUAGUGUUACACAAUAUUUGAGAAAAAAAAAAGGCUGAUAAUAAAAACUUAAGAAAUGACUCUCACAAAAAAAGCAAGCAGUGCUGUCAUUUAGUAGUCAUUCCACAGGCCUAAACUUAAAAACUUUAAACUUUAUUUAAUGCUUUAUUUACAAUAUUCACACAUUCCCAUUAUAAUAAAUGUCCUA